GAAACAAAACACACACCUUCCCAUCCCUCUAUCAACAAAUGAAGUGGACUAGAGGUCCGGUCAUCGGCCGGGGCUCCUCCGCCACCGUCUACCUAGCCACCACCACCGCAACAGGAGACCGGUUCGCCGUCAAGUCCACCAACCUCUCCACCUCCGUUUCCUUACAAAAAGAACAACACAUUCUCUCCCAACUAAACUCACCAAACAUAAUAUCAUACAAGGGUCAUGACAUUAGUUACAACACGUAUAAUCUACACAUGGAGUAUGCACCCAACGGCACAAUUUCCGACAUGAUCAAGAAACAUGGAGGAUCACUUGAUGAGUGUUUGAUCCGAUCCUACACUCACCAAAUUCUUAUGGGAUUGGAUUAUCUUCAUAUGAAUAAUAUUGUGCAUUGUGAUAUUAAGUGUCAGAAUGUUUUAGUGUGUGAAAAUGGUGUUAAAAUUGGAGAUUUUGGUUGUGCUAAAUUCGUUGAAAACAGAGGAAACAGAGCAUUUUCCGGUACACCGGUUUUUAUGGCGCCGGAGGUUGUUAGGGGUGAAGAACAAGGGUUUGAAGCUGAUGUGUGGGCUUUAGGGUGUGUGGUGAUUGAAAUGGCAACCGGGUUUAACCCAUGGCCGGAAAUUGAUGAUCCGAUUUCGGGUUUGUAUCGAAUUGGGUAUUCCGGUGAGGUACCGGAGUUGCCGCGGUGGUUGUCGCCGGAAGGUAAAGAUUUUUUGGAAGUGUGUUUGAGAAGAGAUGCUAGAGAAAGGUGUACGGUUAAAGAGCUUCUUCGACAUCCGUUUGUCGUUGGAGUCAAAGAAUUUGCAAAGAAUUCGCCGACUAGUGUACUGAAUCAAGAUUUUUGGGGGUGUUUAGAGGUGCCGGAGACUUCGCCGGAGACAACUCAAAUUGUUGAAAUUUCCGGUGAGUCUCCGGUGGAGAGGAUAAGGUGGUUAGUUAAAGAUAGUCCUUUGUGUUUACCUAAUUGGAUAGAUGAAGAAGGUUGGAUCAUGAUUAGAAGUGAUCAAAUUGAAGAGAGUUUGAAGAUUUCCUAACAUAUGUUUUUUAGUGAUGUUGUAGAUGGUAGCGAGUCAACUCGUAGCGGGUUAACUCAUGUCGAUUUGUCGUCGUUUUCAGGUCUUCAAGGUGAAAAGACUUCAGAUUCGUAGUAGUACUUAGAUCACAAUGUACAUUGUACACGUGUCAGAUUGUAAUUGGGUUAGUUGGGGUGAAAAGAAAGGAGGUCAUCCGUCUUUUGACGCGUAAGAUGGACGUCUUGCACCUCUUGAAUCGUAAGAAGAGAAGACGCGCGACACUCUGCGCAGAAGGCGGACAAUUGACACGUUUUCAUUGGCUAAGUUCUUACGCAGAAAAAAGUCAGCUAGUUAUUGAUAUGAGUUUUUAGUCGAUCAAAAUGGUGGCUUUUUCAUGAUUUUUAUUUGAUUUGUUGAUGUUGGAAAGUCAUGAUCAAUGUGUAACACUUGAGUUUGGAUCAAGAUUUCUUGAUUUUGAGAAAAUAUUUGAUGAUAACUAUUUGCUUUUGACUCAAC